GUUAGAGAGUGGUUAUGAGUGUUUGGCAGGUUAAAUUUAGCCUAUUGAUGUAAGCUGCAUUCCAUUCACAACAGACAGGGACACACACUCACCGUUUGGCUUUAGUGUGCGGGUCUGUGAAGAUCAGGGAAGAUCAAACUACCAACUGUAGGUUGACCCCUGAGUCUCCGUGUCUCCCCUUCAAGGAUACAGGUUACCCAGUAGGGACGCCAUCUCAGUCCUCCUGACCUCUGCCAGCCAAAAUGUCACAGUUCUGUACGAUGCCAGCCGGAGAGAGGAAGAAGUGCGCGGCAGCUAUUUGCCGAGAGGUCCAUGGUACCAAUGGGGACACCAUAGAUCUGGGGAAGAAGCUGAGCGCCCCGAAAGACAUCAUGUUGGAGGAGCUGUCAUUGCUUUCCAACAGAGGCUCUCGUCUUUUUAAGAUGCGCGGGAGGAGAUCCGACAAAUACACGUUUGAAAGCAUCCAAAAUGAGGCAAACACACAACUAAAUAAUGAUAUUUUAGUGGGUAACACACACACUGUGGAAAUCAAAGUGGAUGCACCCGACCAUGAAGGAAGUGCUGGUGACGCAGAAAACUCAAAAUCAGAAGCAGAAAAGUCAGAGGUCACAGUCCUGCACAAGUGCUACCACUCUCCAUGGGAGCAGGCAAUCCUCAGUGACCCCGACCUUGCUGAGUCUCUCAAACUAGCAAUGGCUGGACUGGACCCAAGAUCAGAGCUUCCCGAAUACAAAUCCUUCAACCGGGUCGCCACUCCUUAUGGCGGCUUCGACAAAGCUCCCAGAGGAAUCACGUUCAAACUCCCGGAGAUAGACCUGAGCCUGCUCAGAUACCCAGAGCUCCAGGAGCCGGGGGUAAAGCGGCCCACCUUCAACAGGACAGCCCAGGGUUGGAUAACCGAGGGCACCCAUCUGAUCAUACCCACCAUUACCCUGGAGCCCGUCGAAGUCCCUGAGUCCGAGGAUCUGUAGACGAAACCUGGCUGUAGUAUUUUAGCCUCGGCCUGCCAUGACAAAUUAACAUUGAAUUUGUACUACAGUUGCAAACCCUCACAGUGAUUUUACAUUGAAAUCAUAAACUGUAGACUAAGAUGGACGACAUGACCGCUGCCCAAAAGUCUAGUUUGCUACCCUGUGGCUGAUUGCAUUAUAAGUCAUAAAUCCUGCCUCAUCCAUGUUAGAGAGUGAGACAUGGGCAAAAGUAAAAAGUCAAAGUCACAUCAAAUAAAUGGUUACGAAUGUUUCUGUUGUUUUAGGCAGUUUAUCACCACAUUGGUGUUUAUUCAAGUGUUCAUUUUAUUAGUAGAAUAUGGUUUUAAUUUGUUUUCAAUGUUAUAAAAAAGGGGGCGGGGGGAAUGUCAUGAUCGAUAGCAGUGACAGGCUCAUGAUUAGUGAUUGCUGCGUAGACACUGAUCCAAAAUGCAAACGAUUGCAGUUUUCAAAACCAAGAUAUGUUUUCUUCAUUUCUGGACAGUGGGAGGAAGUGGAGACACGUCGUCCAUCUUUCUAUGGUGCUGUGCUUUUAUUUCUCAGUUGACCAGUAUGUUUUUGCUGUCCAAAGAAAAUCAUGUAAAUAGCAAAGUGAAUGUGCUAUACAUAAUUCAAGAUAUUCAAUGUUUCCAAGGAUACUGAAAACCCCACUGUAAAUUUUUAUCAAUUUUCAAACGAGAACAUUAAGAUGUAAUGUAAAUAAAGAAUGCAAACUUAUUUAUUGAUGGCACACAAUUAAAACUGGAACAUGCAGUAAGAUAUAUUUUUUUAAUAUAUUUCAUUAUAUAAGAACAUAUAUAUAAACUGGAUGUGAGAGACAGCUGGGAAACCGCAGGGAGGAGAUCUGGCCAGAUUGAAUUCAAGGCCAGUGGGGACAUAUAUCCCAUGACUUUCAUUCAAAACCUUGCACUCCAAAGUAUUUGCAUACCAUCCAGAUAGAAUAGUAUCCAUAGACUGUCAUGAGUAAUCCACCAAGUCAGAUGAAGUCAAUGCAAUUGAUUGUAUUUUUUCAGCUGUUACAAUGCUAUUUCAAAACAAUAUGUCAAGCCACAUUGGCUAUGGGAUACAUUUAGAUAUAAUUAUAAAAAUGUGUAGGGAUUUUAAAGUAGUAGCAUCCAAAACUGGCCUGAAUUCAGUUUGAUGCAGAGAGAACCACUUCAAAACUACUAUAUUUACUCUGACCGGCCUCAUAUCCACUGACUUUUGUCAUAACUUGAAGAGUUUUAUGAAGUGCGUCUAUUUGAGCCUUUUCAGAAAGGUUGAAAAAGAAAAGAAAACAGACACAAAAAACAAGUUCCCAAAAUACCUUUAAGAACAAGUGAGUUUGACAGCACAUCUCAGCUGUAGAGCACUGAGCCAGAGAAAGACUUUUAUAAAUACCAAGCAAGAACUCUUCAUGUGUCCCCAGAGAGGUUUCAGGGCAACUGAUAGAGCCAAGACAGGAUUACAGAAAUGCCAAAUAUACAAAUAUACAGUAUUUAUAGAUGUGUGUCCAUCUCAUGGUCUACACAUGUUCCACCCUAUUUCCACAGUAUAUUCAACUUGUAUAUAUGGUGCUGACGAAUAUACAGUAUUAGAACCUGUAUGAGAAUUACAGUGAUGCCUGAUUUGAACUGUUAGCUACGUGACCAGAAAAUAACAGAGCCCUAAUGGUAUCAUGUAUUUCAUGCACAUUUACAGCAGGGCUUCAAACAAACACCAUUUCAUAUACCUAGCAGGUUCUGUUUUUGCGGGCUCCAUUUGGUUGGUUUGUUGUUUUGUUGGUUGGUCGGUUGGCUUGUUGAUUGGUUGGUUGGUUGGUUAGUUGGUUUGUUGGCUAGUUGGUUGGUUGGUUGGUUGGUUGGUUUGUUGGCUAGUUAGUUGGUUGUUUGCUUUGUUGGAUAGUUGGUUGGUUGGUUGGUUGACAGGAUCAUGCAGGCCAUUGCUGUGGGAUGUGCUUCAUCAGCAUCACUGAAAUAACUUCCUUCAACUCCCUACAUAAAAGUGCCUGUUCAGAGUUCCCAGAUUUCAUUCUUGGACUCAAAAUCAAUGAGAACCAAAUCAGUGUAACAUCUAAUGAAGAGUGUUUCACUGGGUUAUUCACAGGCUGGCCCACACGCUGUGGACACACACAACAACAGUGUGUAAGGAUCCACUGCACUUGCUGUUUUUACAUGUGUGAACAGGAACAGCUGAUACACACAUGGCAUGAAGCGAUGUGAUGGUAAACACUGAUGUUUACUGCAUCAACAAAACACUCCUUUGGAAUAAGACUCUGGAAAUCAUACAUUUAGUCUUGAAACAUGUUGGCUAUAAUGCAAACACCAGUUCUCUUUGCCAGGAUGAAACAGAUCCACUAAAACUUGAGUGUGGGGGGGGAAACUGAGAGAGAUGCACUAAUUAGUGAGAGUCAUUUUUUGCUGACGCUGACUCUAAUGCACCAUCAGCCUCUUUCAGUCCUGUCUACUCUUAAACCCUGCAGGCUUCCUCCUGCCAGGCCCUCCAUCUGCCUGCAUCUCUGUCCUGAUCACUGCAGCAGAGUCAGAGACAUGGAAACAGUAAAUAUGUUCAAAUAUCACAUUUACUGCUAUCAUGCAUGUAUAUAAGUGUAAUGUGCGUUAGGGCAGGGAGAUAAAAACAACACCAAUAAUUAUUGCAAUGUAAUUUUCAUCGGUAACAAUACCAUAAAAGUUCAAUAUUUUUAUCAAUAUAUUGCUUUUGCAUGAAUUGAUCUAGGUCAGAUUGUAAAAUGUCUUUAAAGCUUAAAAGAAAUAGUCCUUGGAAUGCAUGAGUGAAAAAUAAUGUAUUAACUAGAAAAUGGGAAGACUGAUAAGGAGAUAAAGACACCAGCUCUAUCAAUAUAAAAUAUCGGGUAAAAAUUCCAGAUAAAGGUGAAUUACACUGUAAAAAUUGUAAAUGUAAACCCACUGUAAAUUUGCAUUUUUUUCUUUGUUACUUUUGCUUCUUCCUUUUCUCAUUUUGUUUGUUUGAUAUGAAUAUAAACAUAAAAGCAAUGAAGAAUAAAGUGGAGAAACAUUUUACGAAAUAAUACAGAACAUAUAAGUGCUGGAAAAGAUUGUUUAUGAGUGAAGAGGAUGUUUUUACCAGAAAAUGGGAAAAUUGAUGAAGUUUAGAGAUAUAGUCAUGGGCUCUGCACAUUAUCAUUGAUCCCGCUAUAAUUACAUUACAUUACAUUAUUAUUCUCAAUAUACAUUUAUAAAAAAUCCUAAUAAAAGUUAAUUAAGCCCUCA